CCGCACGCGGGGACAGCGCCGCGCCGCCUGAGGUCUCCGAGCGGUUCGCCAUGGCUGGCCCGCAGCAGCAGCAGCCCCCUUACCUGCAUCUGGCCGAGCUGACGGCGUCCCAGUUCCUGGAAAUCUGGAAGCACUUUGACGCAGACGGAAAUGGGUAUAUUGAAGGUAAAGAACUAGAAAACUUUUUCCAAGAGCUGGAGAAGGCAAGAAAAGGCUCUGGCAUGAUGUCCAAGAGCGACAACUUCGGGGAGAAGAUGAAGGAGUUCAUGCAGAAGUACGACAAGAACUCAGAUGGGAAAAUCGAGAUGGCCGAGCUGGCGCAGAUCCUGCCCACCGAGGAGAACUUCCUUCUGUGCUUCAGGCAGCACGUGGGCUCCAGCACCGAGUUCAUGGAGGCUUGGCGGAAAUACGACACAGACCGAAGUGGCUACAUCGAAGCCAACGAGCUCAAGGGGUUCCUAUCCGACCUGCUGAAGAAGGCAAACCGGCCUUAUGAUGAGCCCAAGCUCCAAGAAUACACCCAGACCAUCCUGCGGAUGUUUGAUUUGAAUGGGGAUGGCAAGCUGGGCCUCUCAGAGAUGUCCCGACUCUUGCCCGUACAGGAGAACUUCCUGCUUAAAUUUCAGGGCAUGAAGCUGACCUCGGAGGAGUUCAACGCCAUCUUCACAUUCUACGACAAGGACGGAAGUGGCUACAUUGACGAGAAUGAGCUGGACGCCCUGCUCAAGGAUCUGUACGAGAAGAACAAGAAGGAAAUGAACAUCCAGCAGCUCACCAGCUACAGGAAGAGCGUCAUGUCCUUGGCUGAGGCGGGGAAACUCUACCGCAAGGACCUGGAGAUUGUCCUCUGCAGCGAGCCCCCCCUGUAAAAGGGGGACGGGGGCUGCUUCUCCACUGCCCCCAGAGCCUGCCCCUGCUGCCCUGCCACCUCUACCCAGACCUGGAGAUCGUGAGCCCCCCGUCAGCCCCCCUGCAUCCUGUACACCCCGGCCUGCAGAACGGGGAGGGAGAAAUGGAGGAUGGGCUGCUGGCCACCUGGGGCCCCUCCGACUGGCCCCGGACGGGCACGUGCUCGUGUGUGGGCGCAUGCCACACGGGAGAUGGGUGGGGGCGCAGGUGGGCUCCGGUUCUCCUCGCUGUGAUGCAUGAGCUCAUUCGCUGUACGAUUUAGCUUCUGUGUCCAACCGAGUGGACCCCCGCCCCGGCCCUCCCUGCUGGCCUGUAGCUGUCUGCUCAGAUCCCCGUCUGUGGAGGCGCCGCCCCUGCCUCGUCCUGACUCCACGUGCUCCUCUUCCCUUUGGGUUUCUUGUCGUCUUGUUUACCAAAGAAGCGUUUACAGACAAUAAAAUGGAAACGUCCUGC